CUUGAAUUGGCUGACAAUCAAUCGGUUUUGUAGGUACAAUUCGUGAGUGUUACACGUUAGACACACCCGUUAGUAAGUUAUUUGGACUCUUAGAGCCGUAAUAAAGCACUGCAAGGCACGCCCAAACGUUUGAAACUCAAGGAAAAAGAAUAAAAAUGGCAGUACCGCCGAUAUACAACCCGGUGAUACCGUGCGUGCACCCCAUCCCGGGCGGCAUGUACCCGGGGCGCAUGCUCCGCAUCCAGGGCAGAGUGCCCCCCGGCGCACAGAGGUUCGCGAUCAACCUGCAGUGCGGACCCAACACGGACCCGCGGGACGACAUCGCGCUGCACCUCAACUUCCGCUUCGUGGAGAUGUGCGUCGUGCGGAACCACCUCAGCAACAUGAGCUGGGGCGCCGAGGAGACGGCGGGCGGGAUGCCGCUGCACGCCAACGGGGAGACCUUCGAGGCGCUGGUGCUGUGCGAGCCGCGCGCCCUCAAGGUGGCGCUGAACGGCGUGCACUUCUGCGAGUUCCCGCACCGGCUGCAGUACCAGCGCAUCUCGCACCUCACGGUGGACGGGGACGUGCUCGUGCAGUUCAUCGGGUUCGAGGGCGCGCAGCCCCCGCCGCCGGCCAACAUGUACAUGUCGGAACCCCCCGUGUACGGCGGGUACGGCGCUCCGCCCCCCGCCUACGGAGCCCCGGGCUACGGUCCGCAGCAAGGUUACACGGCCGCGGCGUACGAGAGUCCGACAGCGGCGUACGGGCAGACGGUGCAGGGGGGAGGGCGGCGCGGGCUGGGGACGGGGGGCGCGGUGGCGCUGGGGGCGGGCGCGCUGGCCGCGGGGGGGCUGGCGGGGUACGCGCUCGCGGGCGGCUUCUCCAGCGACAGCGCCGCCGACGACGAGGUGAGCGCGAUGGCGGAGUCGGUCGAGUUCGGCGGCGACGACUGGGCGGAAUGAAACAGGGCCCGCCUGCUCCUGCCGCUGCUGAGGUUCGCCUUCCUCCUGCUCGCGGUCAGGGCCCUGCUCGUGCUCGCGCAGGUACUCUACUGGUUCUACAACUUCGAGUAGACAUGAGGUCGGAC